AUGCAGUACUCAAGUGCCAUCCUCAUCGCGGCUUACGCUGCCACCAACGUCUUCGCCCACGGUGUCGUCUCCGCCGUCCAGGGUGCCAACGGUGUGACCCUGCCCGGUCUCUCGGUCGCUGAUGGCACUCCCCGUGAUUGCGCCUCGCCCCGAUGUGGCUCUGAGGCCGACACCUCCAUCAUCCGCGACAAGGAGCUCGGCACCUCCAAGGCUACCGCUCUGGGCCGCACCAACGGAGGUGGCCCCGUCGAUGCCUCCAAGAUGGUGAGCCUCUUCAUGGACGGCGCCGGCGCCAACACCUCCGCUGUCGUUGCUGCCCGUGAGAUCCACGAGGCUGCCCUCGCCCGCCGCGCCAACCUGCCCCGUGCUGCCAACGGUGGCACCAAGACCCCCAAGGGUACUCAGGAGACCGCCGUCAAAGCCGCCACCGGUAUGGCCGCCGCUCAGGGUCUGCCCACCACCCAGGAUGAUGGCACCCUGCAGAUGACCUUCCACCAGGUCAACCAGGACGGUGCCGGUCCCCUGACCGCCGCCAUCGAUCCCACUUCCGGCGGCACCGACCCCGCUGCCUUCAAGGAUGCUCAGAUGACCCAGGACGUUCCCGGCAUCGGCAUCGGUGGUCUCUCCGGUGCUUCCACCAUGGACUUCCCCAUCGCCGUCCAGAUGCCCGCUGGCAUGACCUGCUCCGGCUCUGUCGGUGGCGCCAACAACGUCUGCAUUGCCCGCAUGGCCAACUCCGCCCUCGCCGGCCCCUUCGGUGGCUCCGUCGCCUUCACCCAGAGCGCCGCCGCCAAGAAGAGGGCCAUCGAGUACAACCUCGCCAAGCGCAGGUUCGCCCGUGCCCUCAAGACCGAGGAGUAG